UUAGUCUGUAUGGGUGGUACACAAACAUAAGUGGUCCUGCCCUCCCGAGCUCAUCUCAUCCGGAAGAAGGUCCUGCCCCAAGGGUGACAGCCUACUCGGAUUUGGAUUUUUUUUUCUCGAAAGGAAACACCCAUCGCUUUCUGCUCUUCAGGAAAGACCUCCAGACACGAACAGGCGCGCUUGUUGGAGCUUCCCCGCCACCUUGCCAACGCGAAGCCCUACAUACUAGCCCCGUCUAGUGCUGUGGUGGAUCGGCCUGUGGAGCCUGCCGGAACGUCAACGAACAGUGACUUUCGGCUGCUGCUUGCCUUCCAAAGAAGCUUGGGCCCAUUACGCAAAUGCUUGCCGGACUUUUGCAGGUUGCAACUCGAUCUCUCAAAACCCAUCCAUCAUCAACCUAAACCUACCAUCCAACCCUCCGCCGCCCUCCUCCAUCUCCCAUCUCCUACAAAAACAGAUACCCAGCUCAUCCCCCCAUCACCUCGCGGCUGAACCUGCAACUUCAGCUGCCUGCACGCGAGUAGGCGACUUGACUUGGAACGACGUCACGGCGACCUGCACCCGUCGCGGCUUCCGCCCAGGUCUUUUCUGACGACCGCAUCGCGCCAACUCCUCAAUCACACUGCCACUCUUCACCCCGCCCGACAACAACCACACGACCUCACCCAGCUGCCUGUCGAGUCGUUCAACGCAGGACACUCCUGCGAUCAGCCAAGCUGUCUUCCAGGGCAGUCGGUCUCAGGUAGUGGAGGGGGAGUUCUCAUUUCUGCGGCUCUGCCGCUCCCGCCGUCAAGAUGGGAAAGAUUACCAAGACAAUGCAGCCCAAGCAUAGGGAGACUCUGUCGCCCUGGCUCAAGGACUUUGUGCAAGCCGCCUCGACCGCGUCUUUGCCAGAACUCCCAAAACUCCUCGACACGUUCCCUGUAGCGAGAUGGCCCUUGCCCCGCGGUGACCUCUACCACUGGAUUCCCCUGCUGAAUCGAUUCGACAACAUACUCGAGUGCUUCAACAAGGUCUACCAGCUAAACGAAGGCCCACAGACGCGUGAUUUCGGCUGUGAGGUCUUGCUUGGUCGUGGCAUACGUGUCGAAGAAUACGGAUCGAAGGAAUGGGACGAGGAGAAAUUGAAAGCAGUGGGCUACGAAGAAUUUGGCGAUUCUCAGCUCGUACAGGCCGUCCUGCAGUUUACCAGGCGGUUGCUGAAUCACUGUGGCAAUCGGAGCAUCUAUGCCAGCAGCUCUCACCUCAAUGACCUCUUGAACAGCACUUGUCUGUCAGUCAUACAGGCCACAUUGGAGGUUGGGUUGGAGCUUGCACAGCGUUACCAGGCAUCGAUCAAGCGUAUGACGCAACCGUCCCGCCAGGUCAGCAAUGCUCUGCUUGCCAACCACUACAAUAUUGAGCUUGACCGUGUUCAACAAAUCGCCCAGUCCUUUGUGAAGACUCCGAUCAUCACCCUGGCAGAUUCUUCUGCGCACUCUACCCCUGCGUCGGCGGGCAAGGGCAAGGAUAAGGAUAAGGCCCAACCCACAGCCUCCAAGAACGCAGCUUCCAUGAUUGCAAAUGAUCUAGGCUCUGUGGUUUCUGCGGACGACGGCUCAGACGGUCGUUGGAGGGGCUGGGGUGACCUGAAGGUGGUCUACUACCCGAGGGUUGAUGGCGAGCCAGCGCCACAAGUUUCGAGCGACCGAGUCAACGCAUCUGCCCCAAAUACGCCCACUCCAUUGCGACGCAGUACUACCAUAGGGACACCACACCAGACACCUCGCGCCGCCAGGGCUACCCAAAGCUCUGACGACACUCCUUCACCGGCCCAGCAGUCUCCAGCCGUGAACGCGGAUGGAAUGCCAAGUUCCAGUCAAAAGUCUGUAGAGAUUCCGCAGGGUACUGUCGCCUCUUCGACCAUCUAUGACCUCUUGAAGCGGACUCCUUCGGACAUGCCCAAGAACUCUCAGUAUGAGUUUCUCAACCGUUCGAGAAUAUGCAAGGCUUUGCUCAGUGGUCCCGAAGCACGUCAGCAAGCCCUGGCCGUCCGGCUUCUCGCAAUCGCAAACUUGGCCUAUAUCCACCCGGAGUUUGUCUUUGUGGAGCAAGUUCUGAAGCAGGACAACGACGAACCACGUCGGUACCACCUAGUCUAUCAGUUGGUGGAGCUCAUCCACCCUUCUACACCUGGUCAGACAGCUGCCCCGCGUUCUUUGCAGAAGAUCGCGCUCUCCUUGCUGGAGGCUAUUUCCCACUUCAACGCGAAAUAUCAGGACGUUAUCUCGGCCCUGAAUGCAACCGUGAACCAUGGCGUACUUUUGUACGUCAUCCGAAAGGCAGUUGCCGAGAUGAAGGAGGAAACUGAGCAAACCGAAGGCGAUUCGGUUGAGUUGGAUGACUGGCGGGACAACCUCUUUUCUCUUGCCCUGCACCUUGCCAUGACGGGGCGUGUCGGCGCCGAGAUGAUCAACGCAGGUUUUAUGGAUGUCCUUGUAAGCAUCAUCAACAUGCGGACGAAGGUAGCGGAGCGCUUGCACAGCACAGCUGUUUCUUAUGUGGAUGCGCUGGUCCUGAACUACGCGCCAGCUGCGUUCAACUCUUUUAUCAGCGCGAACGGUCUGGAUGCCAUUGCCGAGCUGAUGAUCGAUGCAACAUCCUCAGCCAAGAGUCUCGCGGAGGCCGGCCAGGGCACAAAGCCUGAACUCUACUCCAGUGUUGUGGAUUACGAGAUACCCUAUGUCCAACAGCAGACCCUGAAGUGGCUGUUGAAAUUUAUCCACCACAUCAUGAAUCCCAGCAACUUUGCUCAGAAUAACAACACGGACCGACUGUUGCGGAACCUCGUUGACAACUCGAAGCUUCUCGGAAGUUUACGAACCAUCAUGGAGAACACCAAGACCUUCGGCUCUGUGGUCUGGACAAACUCUAUCAACCUGCUGACCGACUUCAUUAACAACGAUCCCACCAGCUUCGCCGCCAUCUCCGAAACCGGUAUGGUCAAGAGUCUUCUGGAAUCGCUCACCGGCCGUGAGGUCUCGACGGAUCCAGCAGCCGAACGCAAAGAUGACGAGCAAGCGGGUGACGAGAACGGCACACCCGCCGAGGAGUCUGUUGUCUUGCCGUCAGAUGACCGCCCACACCCUCCAGCCCCGGAAACACUCCGAGCUCAGCGACCCUCUCCGCUGGCUGGCGGGAUUCUGCCAUCUUCGGAAGCUACUGCUGUCAUUAUCCCCGUCAUAAACUCGAUCUGUCUCAACAAUGUUGGACUGAGGCUGGUAGCGUCCUCACGUGUACUUGAAAGCUUCCUAGAGGUUUUCGAGAGCCCAGAACACGUGCGAAUCAUGGGAAUUGAUUCCGAUCUUGCCUACAACAUAGGGCUUCAAUUUGACGAGCUCGCUCGACACCACCCUGCCUUGAGACAGACUGUUGCGAAUGCUGUCAUAGACAUGAUUUCGAGGAUCAAACACCUCGGCACUGUGAAGGCGGAGACCGCUGGGUGGGGAGCCAAGCUGUUCGCGACUGACCUUGAAGGGAAGGUGGUCUCUGCUGACCGUGGCUUGUUGCAAAAAGCUGGGGUCGAGUUGGCCUCAACGAAGGGCAAAGAGGUGGCAACGUCCGCCGAGGAUAUCGAGAUGACAGACAUCGUCGGGUCCGCCCAGGACUCCUCGUCUCAACAGGCAGACCUUGCUCCUGGCGCCAAGACACCCGAGGGCAUCACACCCUACAUCAACGCCCUUGCGUCCUUCCUGAACGCCUACAUCAGCAAUUCAAGUCUGAGGACGUCGCUGACCAAGAGCGGCGGCAUCGAGUAUUUGCUGGACAUCAUGGUCUUGCCCAGCCUGCCCCACCAAUUUGCUGAUUCCACUGCCUUGGGACUGUUGCAGCAAGUUCUGUCCAACGUUAUCGAACACGCUCCAGUCGUUGGCAUGCCCUCCUUACUGAACCGCAUCCGUGCCACCAUGUCAUCCCUGGAGCCUCUGCUGUCCAGCUCGCCAUCCCCUUCAUUCUUCAGACCAUUCGUGGAGCCUGGUGUUAACUUGAGACGGAGCGAAGAAGGAGCUUGGAAUGUCGAUCUCGUCCGCCAGGUCUCAAGCGGCACCGAUGUUGCGAAAGCGCUUCUGAAUAUCCAAUCUCUCCUCAAGACCCUCUGGAGCUGCUUCCCCUACCAAAGCCGGCACUCGUCUGUUUCCCUGCCCGCAGUCAACGUCUACGACCACUUCCAGGAGGUGGCCAAGGCGUUGGGACCCUUGUUACGUGUGGUCCUGUCGGAAGAAAUAUCCCUCAUCAGCCUUGUACCGCAGCACUGGACUGCACGGAAACUAGCGAACGUGCGCCCUGGCAGCUCCAGUGAACUGCUGAUGGGAGAGCAGGACAUAGCACUGGCGCAAGUGCUUGGUGGUGCUGGGCUCGAUCUUCCUGCGGAACAAGCAGACUCAAGUCGACAAAGCCGCCCUUCGACAGAAGAGCAGUCCACUGCCCAGUAUCAGAAUUACCAGAUCCUGAGGGUCUUAUUGCAAUCUCUUAUGCCGAGCGCCUAUUCCUUCUUCCAAACUCUGGGUAAAGCGCUUAUGACGCGUCGGGAGAGAGACGCCUACGCGAGAGCUAAACAUAUGCAAUUGGCCGAUGCUUUGGCCGAGACGGUUCUGGAUCAACUUGAGCCGCUGAUCGAUAGAAGCCUCAGCAAGUCUGAACUUCAAUAUUGCAUCAUCAUGCUGCACAUCAUUCAUGAGAUGCUUGUCGACUCUACUCGGCACAGUGACCGGCCUGGGUCCAGUCUGAUAGUGCCCGUUCUGGAUGCAUUCAAGCAGCGCCGCGGCUUCGAGAUACUCAACAAGCUUCUCAACGUCUUCACAGAAGAGCUUGUCAAGGAACGCGAUGAGACAGAGGAGGCGCCCGCCAAUGCUAAAUUAGCAUCCAUCGGUACCAAGAAGAUCCUCGAUCUAUACUCCGUGGUCGUGAACGGCAAGAACCUUGCGGAAUCUAUUCAACACCUUAAUGUGGCCAAUCGGACCAACAACAACCGGUCAAAUGAGUGGUUCCAGAAUCUCAACCAGUUUGUCGUCGAGGUCCGAAUGUCGGUGUUCCCUACGGUCUCAAAUCUGUGGCGCUCAUCCCUGAUUGACAAGGCUUCUACGGAGGUCGUUGGCAAGAUCGUAGACAUUCUCAAGACGGUCUGCCAUGCAGAAUCCGAGAGCUCUGCGCUACGCAGAAACGACCUGGCAAAGGCUGUGCCUCUAUUCAAGCGGGAGCAGACAACUUUCCCUUGGAGUGUGUAUGCAGCCCAGGCCGGACGCCUGGCCGAGGAAUAUUCCGAGGAACUGGCGCGUGAAGCAGUAUAUCGUGCCGUCGGAGUACAGGAGAACGCGAGCGAAUACUGUCGAAUGCACCAGAAAGGCCUCGCGGGAGAGCGCAACCCGAUACCUUCCGAGGACGCUUUCCAGAUCACCUCCACGGCAGCGAACGGCUCAGCGAGCCAGACCCCCGCCUCCUCGCGCAGCUCCGACCUACUCAGAGAAGCAAUGAACGUUGACCAACCGCCCGAGCUUGCACAGCUUAUCGGCGAUGCAUUAGUAGCACGCGACAUCUCUUCUGAUUCCAGAGAGAGCGAGGCUCCCGCGCAGCAAGACGAGGACGGGUCCUCGUCCACACCUGUGGCCGCUCUUCCGACCGCGGCUGCCACCUCUUCAGAGAACACCGAGCAAAACGCUGCCGACCGGCCGCUGUUUUGUAAGGAAGACCUUGAUGCGGAGCGGGAGAAGCUGCGAAAGGAUCUCAUUGAUCGUUGCUUGGAUGUAAUCAGAGCGCACCCGAACUCAGUUUUCGAGGUCGCCGAGCUGAUCAAUGUCACGCUUGACCGCCAGGAUAAUGAGGAUGCGCGCGAAGAAGUUGGCGAAACCCUGGCCAAUGCUCUGAUAUCGUACGCACUCGACGACGAGGAGAAGACUACGAAUGGUCGAAGUAUAGCUGCGUACGCCCACCUGCUAUCUCUGAUGCUUCAUGGGUCGCCCCGCUUUUUCAAAUCCAUAGUCAAGACUCUCAAGGACAACGUCUCCGAGUAUCUCGGCUUCUUGAAGGUACCGCCCGGUAAUUCCAACGAGGAACUUCCUCCCUGGAUCCCUCACAUAUUGCUGAUAUUUGAGAUGCUGCUGGCGGAUGAUGCGCAACCCAUGGAAGCGAAGUGGACCCCUCCCGCCACUGAGAACGACAAAAUCGAGGACCCGGUUCUGCAAGCCAAGGAUCCUAUCAUGCCAGAAGAUGAGCGGACCACCUUACUGGAAUCUGUCCUGGAGAUUCUGCCUCGAAUCGGCAAGAAUGAGAAUCUGGCAAUUGCAGUUCUCCGCGUCCUGGUGAUCUUGACCCGGAAGCGAUCAGUGGCGAAUAUCGUGGGAGAGAGGAGGAAUCUACAGCGUCUCUUCGUCAUGACGAAGCAGCUUUCUGGGUUGGGGUCUGCUCGCCUGAAAGACUCCACGGUUUCCGGAAAUGUGAUGACGGUCUUGAGACACGUCGUGGAAGACGACGAUACCGUCCGACAAAUCAUGCGAAGUGAGAUUCGGGGAUACGUGCUGCAGAUGACCAGUAGGAACCCCCGAGCCAUCGACAUACCCACCUAUACUCGAAGCCUUGCACAUGUUGCUCUGCGGUCGCCAGAUAUCUUCAUCGAGAUGACGAACGAGAUUGUGACGCUUGUGCGAUUUUCGACUGCGAACGAUCCUUCAGGGCCAGCUGGAAGAGGGGUUGCCCUCAUGCUCAAGGUGCAGCCAAGUGACAAGCCUCCAGUCUCACUUCCCGUGAGCGAAUCAGUUGAGCCAACUGUGCAGGCUACGGAGGAGCUCACCAUUGAUGAUGUCAAGCCAACGACAGAACCAGCCGACAAGGAAAUGACUGACGCUGCCAAAUCUUCAGCAGCCGAGCCAAAACGACCUGUCGUCGAGAAGCCUGACGGAGUGAUUCACUUUCUACUGUGCGAGCUGCUCAACUACCGAGAGGUUGCCGACAAGGAGCCGUCGGACACCGCAAAGGAUACUCAGACGUCUGGUGACGACACUGGGGCGGCGAGCAGUGAGGCGACACCGGUAGACGAGCAAAAUGCCGAGAACAGAGACAAGAAGCCACCCAAAGCUUCGUUCAAGGCUGAAGAACACCCCAUCUUCGUCUACCGCUGUUUCCUGCUCCAUUGCCUCGCAGAGCUACUGCAGAGUUACACGAGCAAGAAGAUGGAGUUCAUCAACUUCAAGCGAAAUGCCCCCACGUUCGCCAACACGCCCGUGAAGCCUCGCUCAGGUGUGCUCAAUUACCUGCUGAAUGAUCUCCUGUGCACGAGCAGUCUUAGCUCGCCACAGGACAGUGUUGCAGCGAAGAAGAAGGCUGCCACAUCUGAGCAAGCUCGCCAGGUUCUCGUGGCGCUGGUUGCCAAGACCAACGAGAGGCCCGUGGACAAGAGUCGUGACCGGUUCGACUAUGACGAUGACUCCGAUCUGCUAUUUGUCCGCAAGUGGGUCCUGGACAUGAUCCUCCGCGCGUACAAGGACGCCUCACUGCCAAGCGAGCCUUUCGACGUGAGAUACGCAAAGCUGCUGUCUCUAGCUGAGCUCAUGAUCAACAUGAUGGGUGACAAGGCUGAUUCGGCAACCCCCCGUUUCUCUGACAACUCCGCGGCGAACCGCGCACACUGGCAACUCAAGCGGCUGAUGUACGAGAAGGGUUUCCUGCCGGCACUGACCUCAUCCAUAGCCGACAUUGAUCUCACGUUCCCUGGUGUAAAGCGCACCAUCAAGUACAUCCUGCGUGUUCUGCAGAUCAUGACCAGCACUGGCAUCGCCCUCAGCCACGCCAACCUGCUCCCGUCCGGUCCACAAGACACCGUCGAGGAUGAGAUCAUGUCGGCAUCAUCGCUCUCCGACUUGGAAGACGAUCGUGAGGAGACUCCCGAUCUUUACCGCAACUCAGCCUUGGGCAUGCUGGAGGCUGGCCGGGAAGACGACUUUGACGAGGAUUCCGACGAGGACGAAGACGAGGAGAUGUACGAUGACGAGUACCCAGACGAGCUCGACUACGGCGACGAGAUGUCUCAAGAUGGCGAGGAAGACGUCAGCGACGACGACGAAGAGAUCGGCGAGAUGGGCGAAAUCGAAGGCCUUCCGGGAGAUCCCGUUGGAGUCGAGGUCAUCAUGGACGAUGGGGACGACGACGAGGAGGAUGACGACGAGGAUAUGGACGAGGACGACGAUCUUAGCGACGACGAUGAUGACGAUGAGAACGAUGGCGAUAUGGCCUCGGACAUGGAGGACGACAUGGAAGAUCGCAUAGAGAUCGUCGACGAAGAAGGGAACCCAAUCGAGGAUGACGGCGGCUCAGGCUGGGAGAGCGAGACCGACGACGAGGAUGAGGGUGAUGAGGACGACGAGGGCCAGCCGUACGAGGAUGGAGUACACGACCUCGAUGACCUCGCCAACAUUCCCAACCCACUCCACGAGCUGCAAGAGCUCAUGCAGGAUGACCACCCAGAAGCCCAUCAUCAUCAUCACCACCACCAUAACAUGCUGACUGAAGAAGGGUUCAACUUCGGUGGCGAUCGUUACGAUGACGAGGCCGAGGAUGAUGAUGAUGAGGAUGAGCAAGUUGAUGUCGAGGACGAUUACAUCUAUGACUACCCCAGACCAGGAGAUGAGAUUGCUCCUCCCCCCAUGCCCGCCGGCCUUGGUUGGGAUGCCCUCGUUGUCGAACGUGGCCCUCAACGUCCCCGCCGCAGUCCCUUCCCAGUUGGCCCCUUCGUGAUUGGGGGUGGGCCACGGGGCGGCGACCCACUUGGCGGUACGUCUUCUGGUCGAUCAGAGGCUCAUGUGAUCGCGCUCGGCGCGCAGUCUUUUGAGCAGGAGAUGACUGCUGUUCUGUCUCGUCUCAUCAUGAAUCGACGUGCUGAUCCUGCGACAGACUUCCGCAGUUACUUCCGCACCCGAGCGCCAGGGCCAACGGCCAACCAAGACGAUGGGCUCAACCCACUCCUCCGACGGGGUGCCCCUAAUGCCCGCGACGCUUCCCCUCGGUCUCUUAUUGCUUCGACCUUGCAACGACCCUUUGCUGGUGGUCUGCACAGCUUCCUUGAUAGUCCUAUGACCAUUCUCAGCGACCUCAUGGCCAACCUACCUCCAGGUAUCGCGGGACGGACUCCCCACUUGUCCUUCCAAAUCCAAGGCCCGGGUGGCCGUGGCGAGAUCCAAGAGUUCAGUAUUCCUCUCCGAGCUGGCCAGCACAGUCGUGAUGUGCGCACCGAGACUCGCCGGGAAGUAUACCAGGAGCCACAACAGGCAGUUGGAUUUACUCCGGCUACGACUGAGCAGCGGUGGGCCGAUGAAGCUCGGUUGGUUUUUGGCCACACGAACCAGGAAAAGGCGGCGAGGCUCAACACCCUCAUCUGGGCAAAGCUUAUGCCAUACACUGCCGAGCGCGAGAGAAAGGAGAAAGCUGAGCAAGCGGAGCGCCGACGCAAGGAGGAAGAAGAGCGCCAAAAGCGACACGAGGAAGAGCGAAAGGCACGUGAGGCCAAGGAGGCUGAAGAGAAGAUAGCAAGGGAGAAGGCAGAAGCGGAAGAGCGCGAGCGCUUGGAGCGCGUGGCCGCCGAGGCCGCCGAGGCCGCCGCCCAGGCUGGUGCAGAAGACGAUCAGCCUUCAGCCGAAGGCUCCGAGGACGCUGAGCCGCAGCCUAUGGAAGGUGUUGAGACGGCCGAUGACUCUCAACAACCCGAACGUCAAGAACCCGGACCCCCCCAGCCUCGGGUACUCACGACGAUCAGGGGCGAAGAAGUUGACGUCACCGAGCUCGGAAUCGAUCCUGAGUACCUUGCCGCUAUACCUGAGGACUUGAGAGAAGAGGUCAUCGCACAGACCGUGACGUCUAGGCGCACGGAGGCCCGCGCAAAUGCGGCAGACAGCUCCGCUGGGGAGCAGGGCGAGGCCUUCCAGGAGUUCCUGGAUGCGCUCCCCGAAGACAUACGUCACGAGAUUGUGCAGGCAGAGCGACAUGAGCGGAGACGGGCAGAGCGCGAGGCGCAACGCCGCCAGACCGCAAAUGUCGGACAUACUCCUGCAGCGCAGGAUAUGGAUGCUGCAAGUAUACUGGCCACCCUCCCACCUGACCUCAGGCAGACGGUGCUCAUGGAACAAGGCAACGAGAUUAUGGACCAGCUCCCCCCUGAUCUUGCCGAGGAAGCCCGCGCUCUUGCAGAGCGUUACCACCGGACCUCGACCACCUCAGCUAUGUUACGCACACGGGAUGCGGGCCGCAACGCCCCUGAACCAGCGACCGGAGCCGACAAUAAGGCCCAGCGCCGUGCCAUCGUGCAGAUGCUGGAUAAGGCCGGCGUAGCGACACUUCUUCGUCUAAUGUUUGUGACCCAGCAGGGUUCCAUUCGCAGCCACCUCUUCCGUGUGCUCAGUGACAUUUGCGAGAACCGUCAGAACCGCUUUGAAGUCAUUGGAUCAAUUCUCCAGAUUCUUCAGUUUGGCAGCACGGACAUGGAGGCUGUGGAGCGCAGUUUCAGCUCGUUGUCCCUGAAGGCCAAGCAGCCAAAAGACAAGGAGAAGGAGAAGGACUUCAAGACUCCCCAGAGCCUCAAGCGGACCUUCACCAACAUUAGCUCGACCAACAACAUCCAACAGAACUCGGAGAUCUCUCCUCUGUUGGUCGUGCAGCAAUGCCUCGAUCUGCUCGUGGACCUUUCCAGCAGGAAUCCACACAUCCCUUCUCUCUUCCUGACUGAGCAUGAAAACAUCGCCGUCUCUCUGAAACAGGCGCACAGCCGCAAGGGCAAGACUAAGGACUCAAAGGUACACAAGUACGCCAUCAACUCUCUGCUGCAUCUCCUCGACCGUGAUCUUGUCAUGGAGAGCUCUACGGUGAUGCAACUCCUCGUAGACCUUCUCAACAAGGUCACACUCCCGCUUCAGGCACUUGAGCGCCGCCGAAAAGAAGCCGAGGAGGAGGCCAGAAAAGAAGCAGAGAAGGCAAAGGAAGCGAAGGAGGCCAAGGAGGGUGCGGAGCAAGCAGAUGGUGCUGCUGCCGUGACCGAUACGGCGCGGGAUCCGUCUGCCGUUCAGAUCGAAGCCCCCGCGGAGUCUGGCUCGAAGCCGACCGAGAUCAGUGCAGACAAAGCUCAGACCGAGCAGAAGAAGAUCCGACAGCUCCAGCCCCCCUUCAUUCCCCCAGAGAACCUGAAGCUCGUGGUCAAGAUCUUCGUUGCGCGCGAGUGCAGCUCCAAGACCUUCCAAAACACCAUCUCCACCAUCAAGAACCUGUCCAAUAUUCCUGAAGCAAAGCAGACCUUCGGGAGGGAGCUUGUGAAGCAGGCGCAACUGCUCAGCAAGAACAUCGUGUCGGAGCUCGACGAGCUCAUGCCACAUAUCUCAAAGGCAGAGUCCGGCACGGAGAUCCAGGGACUCGCCCUUGCCAAAUUCUCUCCUGGCGCUUCAGAGCAAAACAAGCUUCUUCGCGUCCUUACCGCGCUUGAUCAUCUUUUCGAGACCAGGAAGGACGAGAGCCGAGACUCGGGCGAUGCUGCCGCGGCCGAUGAGAAGUCCAGCUUGCUCAUGACUCUUUACCACAACGAGACCUUCAACAAGAUGUGGGAGAAGCUAAGUGGUUGCCUUGCGGCGAUACGUCAGCGGGACAACAUGCUGAAUGUUGCCACUAUCCUCUUGCCUCUUAUCGAGUCCCUCAUGGUUGUUUGCAAGAACACAACGCUCGAGGACGGCCCGCAGAGCAAGAGCCAACUCAACAAGGAUAUGGUGCUUUCCAGCCCACCCCCAGAGGACGCCAUGGCAGGCCUUUUCUUCACAUUCACCAAUGAGCACCGAAGGAUACUCAACGAGCUUGUACGUCAAAACAACAAGCUCAUGUCGGGCACGUUCUCCCUCCUUGUGAAGAACCCCAAGGUCUUGGAGUUCGACAACAAGCGCAGCUACUUCACACGGACAGUUCACGCAAAACAUAGCGGCCAUACGCGCCAGGCCUACCCACCGCUGGGCGUCAAUGUCAGGCGUGACAAUGUCUUCCACGAUUCUUACCGAGCUCUUGCCUUCAAGUCUGAUGAGGAGGUCAAGCACGGCAAGCUGAACGUCCGCUUCCACGGUGAGGAGGGCGUCGACGCUGGAGGUGUCACCCGAGAGUGGUUCCAAGUCCUGACCAGGGCCAUGUUCAACCCAGACUACAUCUUGUUCACCCCCGUGUCUGCGGACCGCACGACUUUCCACCCGAACAAGUCUAGUCAUUACAACGAAGAGCACCUGGCCUUCUUCAAAUUCAUAGGGCGAAUCAUCGGCAAGGCAGUCUACGAAGGACGUCUUCUGGAUUGCUACUUCAGUCGUGCUGUGUACAAGCGCAUCUUGGGCAAGCCUGUUUCCGUCAAGGAUAUGGAGUCGUUUGAUCCGGACUACUACAAAUCAUUGGUAUGGAUGCUCGAGAACGACAUCACGAACACGGUGAUUGAAACGUUCUCGGUCGAGGAGGACGAAUUCGGCGCAAGCAAGGUUGUCGACCUUAUUGAGAACGGUCGCAACAUUGAGGUGACCAACGAGAACAAGCACGAGUACGUCCGGCUCAUAGUGGAGCACAAGCUCCUGUCAUCCGUCAAGGUCCAGAUGGAGCACUUCCUGCAGGGAUUCCACGGCGUCAUCCCGGCGGACCUGAUAGCCAUCUUCAACGAGCAGGAGCUGGAGCUACUCAUCUCUGGUCUCCCCGACAUCGAUGUGGAUGAUUGGAAGAGCAACACGGAGUACCACAACUACACGGCGGCGUCUCAGCAAAUCCAGUGGUUCUGGCGCGCGGUACGAUCCUUUGACAAGGAGGAGCAGGCCAAGCUGUUGCAAUUCGUGACGGGCACGUCCAAGGUACCUCUGAACGGCUUCAAGGAGCUGGAAGGCAUGAACGGUGUCAAUCGCUUCAACAUCCACCGUGACUAUGGCAACAAGGACAGGUUGCCGAGCUCGCAUACCUGCUUCAAUCAACUUGAUCUCCCCGAGUAUGAAAGCUACGAGGCUCUCCGCAGCCAGGUCAUCAAGGCCAUCACGACGGGUGGUGACUACUUUGGUUUCGCUUAAGAGAAGAGCGAAAUUGGCUGGGUGAAAGGGAGGGUGGCGGCAAGGUGUGAUGAUGCAUUUACCCCGGCAUAAAAUUCGGGUUGUUUAAUAGGGGUCUGGUGUUCCGGAUGGCAGGGAGAAACUACAGCAUGGGCAGCCAUCAGAAGGGUUUGCCCCAAGCACUGGGAGUGUUGUAUCAUAUUGUUUUGCUUUCUUACAAGCGUUUUGCCUCGAGUACAGAGAGCCGGCAAUGCUGGCCUGAGGGCUUUUGGACCGGCUGUUGAGGAGGGGGGGGGUAAGGAACUUGAAGCGGAGUGCAGGCCGCGGAAAGCGAAUACCCUCUAGUCAUCCUCGUAGUUUUAGGCUGGCGAAACGACGCAGCUCAUAAGAGAAUGUCUUUUCAGA